UUCUCUUCUUCCAAUUUGACUCCACCCCUUAUGCAAAAAUAGUCAUUAAUUUCUUGUUGUAGCGUCUAAAUCUAAUCAAAGUUCCUAUCAAUUUCGCGUCCACUGUUGCAUCCAUGGGAGAUUGGCCGGAUGAUCGAGUCGCCGGAGACGAUAUUGCGAGACUGGUGGAGCAAGCCAGGGAAUUGCAGGACUCGGCGGCGGCGUUAAUCUCACGCACUGCCCGCGACGAAGAUGAGCUCCGUCAGCGCGUAGCCUCGCUCGACUCCCACAUCCAGUCCCUCCGGAACUCCAAACACGACGAUAAAUUGGAUGUGGAGCUGAUUAAAGCGACAUACAUUUUGAGUGAAGGAGAUGCAGCGGCAUUUCUUCCGAGCAAAUCUCAUGGAAGCUUUUUGAGGAUGUUUUUGGGGCCGAUUAAUGUUCGGGCAACUAGAAAAGAUGUGCAGUUGAAAGUGAAGGAGGAAUAUAAUAAAUUCAGAGAUAGAACGUCCUUUUUGUUCCUUUUUUUCCCAUUGCUGUUGCUGAUGUUAAGGUCAUGGAUUUGGGAUGGAUGUCUGCCUGCAUUGCCAGUACAACUUUAUCAGGCAUGGUUGCUGUAUCUCUACACAGGUUUGGCAUUGAGGGAGAACAUCCUGAGAGUUAAUGGAAGUGAUAUACGUCCAUGGUGGAUCAAACACCAUUAUUGUGCUCUGGCUAUGGCCCUUAUAAGUCUUACGUGGGAGAUAGAGAGGGGAUCUGAUUGUGCCCAGAAACAGAGAGGUGUACAACUGUUUCUGAAAUGGGCAAUUAUGCAAGGAGUUGCAAUGAUUCUCCAGAAUAGAUACCAACGGCAAAGACUAUAUACACGUAUUGCUCUAGGCAAGGCUAGGAGAAUGGAUGUUGUCUGGGGAGAAACUGCUGGAGUGGAGGGUCAGUUACUGUUGUUGUGCCCUAUCCUCUUCAUCUUGCAGGGUUUUGAAGCAUAUGUUGGAGUCUUAUUGCUUAAAACUACACUUGCUGGAUUCUUCUCUGAGUGGCAGGUGAUCACCUGUGGGAUUCUUCUGAUUAUCAUGGCUGUUGGAAAUUUUGCUAACACGGUGCAGACUCUAGCGAUGAAGUCUCGUGUUAAAGCAAAAAUUAAGAGAGGUCGAAGCAGGCAAGAAUUAAAUCAGUGAUCUUAAUUGCAAAAGUUCAUAAUGGGGUGCGGACUAUUAUUUAUUGAGGUUUGAUAACAAGAUGAGGAUGUAACAACUUUAAGCAGAAUUUAUUACAUUGGCGUUUUAACCUUUUAUGCAUAUUUAAUUGAUGGUUUUUCCAACGGUGACCUUACAACGUAGGAAUCAGAAUUUUAUUAGUUUGUAACAGUUGUAGCAAAAACUAAUCACCCUGUUUUUGAGUGAGUACUUUAAAUCCCGUUCAUCUAGUCACGUCCAGUACUCUAUCCAGUCAUGUGAAUUAUUUUGAUUUCAAUCGAAAAGAAGUUUUGUUCCUUUGAA